UUUCAUCAAAGACGACAAAUUUUACAUUUGGUCAGAAAAUUGAAAUUUCUUGCCAAAUUGAUGGUGUACCACCAGUUUCUGAAGUAGUCUGGUUUUUUAGGAACAGAAGCAUAGAUGAUAGCUGCUCUAACAUUUCAGGAAACAUCUCACGACUGAAAUACAGAAAUGCAAGUUGUGAUCUUCAAGGCAAUUAUACUUGCUCUCCCAGGAACACACUAAAGGAAAAUCCUGGAUUUACUGCACGAAAUGGGUCCACAAUUGUGCAUGUUAAAGGUUGUCCAGUUAGCAGUACUACUGUCUCAGCAAGUGACAGCACCACACCCACACCCACACAUUCAACACUAGGUUGUCCAGUUAGCAGUACUACUGUCUCAGCAAGUGACAGCACCACACCCACACCCACAAAAUCAGAUAAACAUGCAGCAGGUAUUGUUAUUCUUGGAGUUUUCGUUGGGGUACUUGUUGUUGCUGCUGCUGUGGGAGCAUUUUUGUGGCUGAGGUACAGGAGAUGCCAAUGCUGUUGUAAGAAGUACUGUAAUGUAUUCUUUCCAAGUGACCCUAUACCUCCUGACACACCAACUAAGCCACGAAGACCAAGCCUUGUUGGGUAUUCAAAAUAUAAACAUGGAGCUAUACCUGUGGAAAAUUUUGCUGCUCAUGUGAAACUCAUGCAUACAGAUGGCGACUACAGAUUCAAUCAGGAAUUUGAGUCAUUGCAAAGUGUUCAUGUCAAGAGCAAGACAUGGAUAAACAGUGAAAAACCAGAGAACCAAUCCAAAAAUAGAUAUAAUAAUAUUGUAGCUUAUGAUCAUUCAAGGGUGAUUCUGUCUUUGACAGAAAAUGAACCAGAUUCACACUAUAUCAAUGGAAACUAUGUUGAUAGCUUCAAGAAAGUAAAUGCUUACAUUGCAACUCAAGGACCCAUGGCCAACACAAUCAAAGAUUUUUGGAGGAUGGUCUGGGAACAAAACUGUACAGUUGUGGUCAUGAUCACAAAUAUCAUAGAAAAAGGAAGGCAUAAAUGUGCAAUGUACUGGCCUUCUAAACAAGCUAAGAGUGAAGCUCAUGGUCCCCUAAGAGUAACCUACUUAGAUGAGGAGGCUUUUGCUCAUUACACUUUGCGUCGAUUUGAAGUAAAACCAGUUGAACACAGCACACACUAUAGUCAGGAUGCAACAGAAGACGAAGUCAAACCAAUGAUUGUGUGUCAGUACCAUUUCACUGGUUGGCCAGACCAUGGUGCUCCAGAUCAUGGCUGUGAGUACCCAGCUCUGGACUUUAUAUUCAAGUCAAGUGCUGCUAGUCAAGAAGGGGCAGGUCCCAUUAUUGUUCACUGCAGUGCGGGUGUUGGUCGAAGUGGGGCAUAUAUUGUUAUCCACAGCAUGAUGAAAAGAAUGAUAGAGAUGAGGGAUGUUAACAUCUUUGACUUUGUUGCUCAGAUACGUCAACAGAGAAAUCAUCUUGUACAAGAGGAGUGUCAAUACAUUUUUGUACAUGAUGCCUUGCUACAUUUCAUUGAAAGUGGGUUUCAGCUGUCAAUCCCCAUAGAUGAACUGAAAGAUCAUGUACAGAAGUUGAGGAAGAACUGCUCGAGUACAAGCGGACUUGAAGUGGAAUUUGAGGACUUGAGUGCAAUUCAAGUGAGAUACUACAAUUUGAAGCAAGCUAAGCGUGGGUGCAAUUUAGCAAAGAAUAGAUCAGUAGAUUAUAUUCCAGCUGACAGUUCCAGAGUUGAGUUGUAUCCUCGCCCGAGAGAGGAGGGUUCAGAUUACAUCAAUGCAACUUACCUUGCGGGUUUCUGGAAGUCCGAAGCUUACAUAGCAACUCAGUAUCCUCUGGCGGAGACUACGGACGACUUUUGGAGGAUGGUUUGGCAGGAAAACUGUCGCUCACUUGUCAUGCUGCUCAGCAAAGCAGAGAUGGAAGAGGGUUUUUACCAUAGGUAUCUACCGCCUUUAAACGAAACAACCAGGUUCGGUGACUAUGAGGUGACCGCUGACUCCGAGGCUACACGUGGUGACAUUUUGAUCACAGAACUAAGAAUGGUCUCCAUCAAGGACCCUAGUGAGUACAGAAAUAUCCAACAUUUUCACUUUCUUCACUGGCCUGAAGAUGGCAAUCCAUGGUCUGGUCAGACUAUUCUUCAACUGAUCUGUAAAGUGGACAGCUGGGAGAGGGAAGUACGACUUAAUGCCAAACCAUUUGAAGUGAUCGGACCAGUUGUGGUGCACUGCAACUAUGGAGUAGGACGGACAGGUGCUUACUGUCUACUGCAUACAAUGUACCAUCAGAUUGAACGCGAGAAGAGUGUCUCCAUCUAUCAAAUAGCUCGCCUAUACAAUCAUCAGAGACCUCGCUGUGUAUCAACUCUGGGGCAGUACGAGUUCUGUUAUGAUACACUGGUGGAGUAUAUUGAAGCUGACUGUUCCUUACAUCUUGUGUGACUUCAACUUUUGGGUUAAAGUCGUGUAAAGAAAAAGAAGUAAAUGGCUGAGGUGGAAAAUAAUGGAUCAAGUCGAUUUUGAUUUUGGAAAAUCGGGAUCUUUAGUAUUUUAGUUUAGUAAGGUUGCUGGAAAAAAAAACCAGAGCUACCACUAAUGAAGUAGAAAGAAACGAGGAUUGGCGAGUAUGGAGAAGAUUAUAAAGGACUGAACUGACAAAGUUAAUGAGGUUAACAAAGCGAAAGUGCGCAUCUGUUUCCAACUUGUAACGUCGUUUCCUAAUGUAAGUGUGCCAGAUGUCAUGCCCCGAAAGCUGUUAGUUACAGGAUUUUGUUUAAGCUUCUCGACAGUGGUAAUGGAUUACCAAGCCUUCAGCUAGAGUAGAUAUUUUCCAAGAAAAAGUUAAUUACAAGUGUGCUAGCUUGAAAAAGAACUUUGAAAUUUUUAUUGUUUUAAAUUGUAAAUGUGAUAAUUCAUAGAAAAUUAGCUAUGCAAUAAAUAGGAAAUGGGUAUAUACUGUGAAUUGUAUAAAAGUAGUCUCGAUCAUCGUUUAUACAAUUUUUUUUUGUUAAUUAUAUUGUAAAGUUCUCUGCCGCUAAGUUUGAAAAUCAAAUGAAUUGCAGAUUAGGUAUAGUUUAAACAGUUUACUGUAUUAUUUCCAAGGUGAAUUUUCCACGUUCUGUUAAAUUCACGUCGGAUCUUACGCUAUUUUUUUUAAAUACUUUUUUAUUUUUUAGUUUUUCUUAUCCAGUUACUGUACAGUGGAUUUUGUUGUAAAAAAGAAAAAAGAUUAUGUCAUUUGAACAUUCUGAUCGAUUACGAAACUUGAACAUAUAUUUAGAAUAGUUUAUUACCCAGAUGAUAUAGAAAUAAAUAAGCAAGCAUUUCAAAAUACAAGCAGUUGUAUGUUGUAUGAUCAUGCUUCAACAUAAAUGAGACCGAGCAGAAAGUUUAAGGGAAUGUAACAUUACACCACCCAGCAAGCACGUGACAUUGACUAUCUUCUCUGUCUAUCAUGUGUCCAAAGCCACCAAAGCCACCAAAGCCACCAUGAAACAGAAAUCGAUCAAUAAAUGAUUUUCUCAAUCACUUUGAUCUUGACUUCCAAUCAAUUGUCUCUGAAAGCAGAUUCUUGUGAAAUUUCCUUUUGAUUCGAUUCACAGAUAUCAUCACUUUACAAUACAUUUUGAGUUAAACUUUAAAAAACAGAGA